CCAGGACGUCGAAAGUCGCCAGUCACGUUACGAUCCACUUCACAGCACCAAUGGCCGCCCCAGCAUCUCGCGCCAUGAGGCGUUGCAUUUGUACUGCUCGACCUGCCGCAUACGUACGACCGACCGUUGGAGCCACACAGCAGAGGAUACAGCGGAGAUGGGCGUCGGGCGAGGCGAACCCCAAGAUUGCGACAAUUGUUGAUCAGAUUAGCCAAUUGACUCUCUUGGAGACUGCAGACUUGGUGUCUACGUUGAAGGAACGCCUAAACAUACCCGACAUGCCAAUGGGAGGCUUCGUCGGCGGCGGAGCAGCAGGCGGCGCCGCACCAGCCGCAGCCCCCGUCGAAGAAGAAGAAGCCGCCCCCGCCGCAGCAGAAAAGACACUGUUCAACCUCAAGCUCGAGAAGUUUGACGCCGGCGCGAAGCCAAAGGUCAUCAAAGAAGUCAAGGCAAUGUUGGGACUAAGUCUGGUGGACAGCAAGAAGUUUGUUGAGAGCGCGCCGAAGAUGAUGAAAGAGGGCGUGCCAAAGGAGGAGGCGGAGAAGAUUGUCGAGACGCUCAAGGCGCUGGGUGCGACAGUCGUUAUGGAGUAAGAGGGAAAAGAGAAGAGAUGGAAAGUGUAUCAUAGCAUUGCAUGUGGCGUGUACAGAUAUGUUGGGCAUGAUAUCGGAUGUAUUCAGUACAAUGAAGUGGGCCCUGUGAGCCCGUGGUAUCUCCACCAAACGCCUCGCUAUGCAGUCCAUGAUUCCAAAGAAUAGAAAAUAAGCACCC